AUGGCAUGCGUCAGGAUCCUCGUGCGGCUCUGGGUCAUUGGUUCAAGUCUCAUUGGAAAGGUUGACUUAUAUCUUACGGUGGAAUCUAAUGUAGGAUUUGUGAUUUCUGGAAGGAGGAUUCUUACAAACUCUCAUGUUGUGGAUGAUUCAUAUGACACAUAUGUGCAAGUGAGAAAGCAUGGUUCAUCCACUAAGUACGAAGCAAUAGUUGAAACAGUUGGAUUUGAAUGUGACUUGGCCAUCUUAGGUGUUGAUAAUGAAGAGUUUUGGGAAGAUGUAAAUCCUUUGGAACUCGGAGACAUACCCUCUAUCUAUGAAGAUGUCUCCGUUCUAGGUUAUCCUCGUGGUGGUGACACUAUUUGUGUUACAAAAGGUAUUGUGUCGAGAGUUGAAUCUGGUGAAUAUAUGAACAGCUCCAUCGAACUAUUGAAAAUACUAACAGAUGCCACUAUUGACUAUGGAAAUAGUGGUGGUCCAGUGGUCUGUGGAAACAAAGUCGUUGGUGUAGCAUUUCAAGGUUUUCCAAAUUUGGAAAAGACAGUGAGUUGACAAAUCUUGAAUAUAAUUUUAUAUCCAAGUCCAAGUUUUGCAAACAAAAGUUCUCGCUAACCUUUUUUUUUGUUGGUUUCUAACGAAGAGGGCAUCUUCUCCGGGGACGAAGCAAAGACAAAAAAGAUGAAAACAAAAGAAUAAAGACUGACGAAGAGGGGGAAAGACUUCGGUCUCGGCAAGAUCGCCAUCUUCCUCCACCAACACAUGAUGGAAUCAUUAUAUCUAUUUAAUGAUUAAACAAGUCAUCCAUUUCUUUAUGGUUUAAGAAGAACGAGAGAGAUGAGAUUCCCAAUAAUCAUCUCACGACGUAAACACAUCUUUGUAAUUGUGAAAACAAGAAUCCAUGACGAUAGCCACCCUCGUAUCAUGUUAAUGAUCGACCUUAUCUUCAUACGACAAGAUCGGUCUAAAGAGAUCAUAUGCAGUUCGAGAACUUAUCAAUCGUACAGUAACUACUAAUUAAUCAAGACAAGAGAGCUCGAAGCAAACAUCGAGCUCGAGACCGACGAAGUCGAGGUCUCGCCCAUGACCGAAGAAACCGACAUCUCUUUUGAGAUGAUUAUAAUCGAACUACGUUUAGACUUGAUCCCUUGACGGGUACGUAGGCAGCUCGAUCCCGAAUUCAGUCACGAUCCUUCUUAAUCCCGAUAUCUCUAUGAUAUUCGACAUAUGAAUAUAGUCCAUUCUUGUCGACUCAUACUUGAUUACAUCGUUGUGUUUUAAGGAUAUCGUUGCCCACGUUAUUUCUUCCCUAGAUUGGACUCCCGAUCACUAUCAAAUUCUUAGUGUAGAUUUUAGGAUCUACAUUUUGGCGCCGACUGUGGGGAAGAAAAACGAAAAACAUCCUUGAUAGGAGCCCGAUCUUAGGCUUGUAAGCACGAAAAUGGAUUCAUCUCGUAUGGUGUCCAAUACCACAAUAAACGAACCAUCACACCAGGAUGGCAUCGAUCUGAAUGGAUCAUAACCAAGAAACAGAACAUGAGAUUCGAUCCCGACCUCAGCUAAAUUGAAUCUCCGUUUCUGAUAAAAAUAAUUCAUCUCGCCGAGUCUCACCAAUAACCUUCUCAAACCAUAGCAGACCGGCGACGAGUUCUGAUAGCCCGACCUCCCCAGUUUGGGUCCGGUCAAAUGAUCGUCCAACACGAGAAAAGUUUGCUAACCGAGCUAAUGCACUCAAACGAAUACCUAUGCCGAGGCAGAAAAAUGUAAAAUGUCCUGAUUAACAAAUCGCAAAAGCAAGAAAUUGUCGGUAUUGUCUUGGACGGCUCAGAAUAAGACAAAGAAAAUGACUUCGCUACGCGUCGAGCAUGAAUUCUUGAUUAAUAAAUGAAUAGAAGUGAGGAAGAAUCUUGAUGAGACCAUAUCACAAUAUCGCGAGCGUGCUUGGACCAUGCACAAUGACUAAAUACACCAACAAAGGAACCAUAAAUAUCUUGACCACCGUUUGGUUGAAGGGAAGAAGCAGAGCUCGCCAAGCUCGAGAACUAAAAGAUUUACUCUCCCUUCGGCCACAGCCUCAUGUCUCGAACACAGUUCUAGGUGUUCCCGAUUUUACCAUAUCCAAAACCGAAUGUUUCAAGACUGGGAGCGCAAAGACUCCACGAAAUGAAGGGCUCGAGAUCUUAGAAUCCAUAAACACCAGAUAUCUUAUCAUUAUGAAAAGAGGACAGGAAACGACAGAAGUCGAAAGAAGCAUGAUCAAAAAUAGACAUCUCAAGGUCUCGGAUUCGUUAUUU